AAAUGCCCCCUGUCACAGUUGAGGAAAUAAGCCUCUCAUUCAUACUCUUCACUUGCUUUCCUUCUUCCUAUCUCUACUGCCAUGAUCAGUUGGGGUCAAACUCAGCUCAUCCAGGGCCUCGUUGCUCUUCUGUGGCUCCUCGCGUGCGCUGAAGCUGGCCAUUCAUCUCACUGCUCCCCAAAGCCCCCCGGGCUCGUGGAUCUCGGCUAUGCCAAGCACAUCCCGUCCUACGUCAACACCACCCUAGGGGGGAAACACUUGACGGUCUACAAAAACAUCCGCUUCGCCAAGACCCCUACUGGGGAUCUCCGCUUCCGCAAGCCAGACACGAGAAUGUCGAAGAUGGACGGGAUCCAAGACGGCAUCUACCCCUUUGGCAGGACCGACUGCAUCGCGUCUUGCCCGCCCUAUGCCCCGUAUCCCGGGCUGAACGGGACGACCUGGGGCCACGAGGACUGCCUGUUCCUGGAUGUCUGGGUCCCCGAAGGCGUGAAGCCCGGCGACAAGCUCCCGGUGCUGCACUGGGUUUUUGGAAGCGGCUACGCCUUCGCCAGCAAGGACCUCAGCUUCAGUCCCAUCGGGCUGUUUGAUCGGAUGGCGGAUAACCAGAAAUUCAUAUAUGUAGCUAAUAACUACAGACUCGGUAUUCCCGGUUGGACGUCAAGUCCCGACCAGGACAUGGACGCGAAUGUCGGGCUGCAUGACGUCCUGGCGGCAGGCCACUGGAUUUCCAAGUUCAUUGACCGUUUUGGCGGAGAUCCCAGCCGAGUCACAGCAAUGGGCCAGAGUGCCAGUGCCGGGAUCCUCAAUCUCCUGACCACGCUAGACGAAGGCAAGGCGGAAUUACCAUUCCAGCAGCUCUUUGUAUCGUCUCCGGAUGUGCCCCCGAGAAGGCACACCACUGCGGGUCGUGAACGGCUUUUCGAGGCCGUCCUCAACGCCACGGAUUGUGCCGAUCUGGCGUGCCUGCGAUCGGUCCCCGAGGACGUGAUGCUGCGGGCGAACGACUAUCUGAUCAACCAGAUUCCGGCGGAAUCCGGGGGUGGCGUGUUUGGGCCCGGCUCCGGCUUCGGCCCUGUCCCGGACGGGCACUCGAUUCCCAACAUGCCCCUGAUCUCGUUCCUGAAAGGACGAUAUAACAAGAAGCUGAAGUCCAUGAUAGUCGGAAACAUGAUUAAUGAGGGGAUGGGGAUGGCAAAUGAUGAAGGGAUGCCCGAGAAUUUCCCCAUCCUGGUUCGCCAGCUCAUCCCCAGAGCAAACGACAGCACCAUUGCCAAUCUUCAGGCCCUCUACCAGCCGCUCUCACAGCCGGAACAGCUCGCCUGGGACUGGACGACCGACGUCUUCUUCCAGUGCAACGCCUACAACCUCGCCAAUGCUUACAGCGACCGGGCGAAGCGCUACAUCAUGUCGGUCCCGCCGGCAACACACGGCCUGGAUGGAAAUCAUUAUUUCUUCAUCAGCAACGACUACACGCCCGUCCCCAACGUGUCUGUCGCGCUCGACUUCCAGGACCGCCUGGUCAGCUUCGUCAACGGCGAUCUGGGCGGCUGGCCGAUCUACGGCGCCGGAAAACGGCUUUUCGACAUCACCACCGAGGGGUUUGAGGAGCAGGCUUUCGCGGAGAAUCUUAGGGAGCGGUGCGAUGCGAUCAAUGCGGUGCUUCUGGAUCCCCGGAACGGGGUCUAGGUGGGUCUCGGGCAUUGGAUAUUGGUAGCCUCCAAAAAGAGGGUUGAGGGGGCUUUUUCUUCUUCUGUUGACGUGAAUUUUACGAUGCUUGAUAAUAAUAGCUAGAGGAGUGUAUCAGUAUUUGGGUAUCACUGUCUCGCCACUUUCUUUUCCUUUCGGUACUCUCAGCUGAGGUCAAGGUUGGGAAACUUCAUUUCUGUAUAGACGGAGCAGAAACUGUCCGCCUAGUUUGGAUAGAUAGUCUAGAAACAUUCAUG